AGAAAGGCAGAGAGAGAGAGAGAGUUUGAAGUGUGCUCUUGCUUCAUGAGCUGCUGUAAGGAAUUUAUCCACAUGGACAAAGAAAAGGCUAUUUUAAAUUUCUCAUAAGAGGACAUUAUGUGAGUCGGUGCAACUGAGCACACUGUACAUAUGAUAUCCUUGGUUUAAGAAGAAUAAGCCAUUUGUUCUUUAUUGUUCACCUGCAUGGCAGAUACCUUAUUUAUCUGGCAAGGCAGUGCGUGUAGAGGAAGGUCUUCACGGCUUGUGGAAGGCCAGCAGGGAUGGGACCGUUCUGUUUUCUCUUGGAAGUUCCACAGCCUGGGAGCAGCGACCGAAAAAGCCCUCUUCUCCCAUGUUCCCACCAAGAGCGCUUGAAUGGGUGGUGCGACCGAAAGAAGGCCCUCCCCAGUAGAUCGUAGGUGUCUCCCAGGUUCAUAGAAAGAGAUACCGUCCUUCAGAUUACCUGGACUGGAGCCAUAUAGGGAUUUGUAGGUCAAAACCAGCAUUUUGAAUUGUGUUUGGAAAUGUGUUGGCAGCCAAAGGAGUUGCAGCACCUUUUAGACAGUCCCAGUUAACAGUCUAGCUGCUGCUCUUUGGACCAACUGAAGUUUCCAAGCACUUUUCAAAGGCAGGCUUUUUUUGAGUGGCUUAUUCCUGAUCCGUCAUCCAGUGGUUUAUGGCUGACCAACUCCCACCAUCCUCUAUCAGCCCCCCAGCCAGCAUUUUAAGAUGGAUCAUGAUGGGUAGUAAAAGGUAAAGGUUUCCCCUGACGUUAAGUCCAGUCAUGUCUGACUCUGGGGGUUGGUGCUCAUCUCCAUUUCUAAGCCGAAGAGCCGGCGCUGUCCAUAGAUACCUCCAAGGUCACAUGGCCAGCAUGACUGCAUGGAACGCCGUUAUCUUCCCGCCAGAGAGGUACCUAUUGAUCUACUCACAUUUGCAUGUUUUCGAACUGCUAGGUUGGCAGAAGUUGGAGCUCACUCCGCUCCCCGGGUUUGAACCUGGGACCUUUCGGUCUGCAAGUUCAGCAGCUCAGCGCUUUAACACACGGAGCCACCGGAGGCUCCAUUCAUGAUGUGUAUGUGUACAAAAUUUGGUCCAGAUCAAUAAAGCCAUGUAGGAGCCAUCCUGGAACAUACAUACAUAUUUCCACUUUUAUAACUUGCAUAGAUUUGAUCUCUUCCCUGUUUGGUUUUAUGAAAAAAGAGCCAGUUCCUUACAUCAUAUACUCUAGAGAAGGCAUGGCCAAACUUUGGCCCUCCAGGUGUUUUGGACAUCAAUUCCCACAAUUCCUAACAGCCAGGAGGAACCUCACCGUCUCUGAGGAUGCCUGCCAUAGAUAUGGGUGAAACAUCGGGAGAGAAUGCUUCUGGAACAUGGCCAUACAGCCUGGAAAACUCACAGCAACCCAAUGAUUCUGGCCAUGAAAGCCUCCGACAACACAUCUCUAUUUUCAUCUGCAAUGUGCUGGAGGGUAUGACUCAUACAGAUGCAUGGGAUCAUAGAAUCAUAGAAUCAUAGAAUAGUAGAGUUGGAAGAGACCACAUGGGCCAUCCAGUCCAACCCCCUGCUAAGAAGCAGGAAAUCGCAUUCAAAGCACCCCCGACAGAUGGCCAUCCAGCCUCUGUUUAAAAGCCUCCAAAGAAGGAGCCUCUACCACGGCCCCGGGGAGAGAGUUCCACUACCGAACAGCCUUUCUCACAGUGAGGAAGUUCUUCCUGAUGUUCAGGUGGAAUCUCCUUUCCUGUAGUUUGAAGCCAUUGUUCCGUGUCCUAGUCUGCAGGGCAGCAGAAAACAAGCUUGCUCCCUCUUCCCUAUGACUUCCCUUCACGUAUUUGUACAUGGCUAUCAUGUCUCCUCUUAGCCUUCUCUUCUGCAGGCUAAACAUGCCCAGCUCUUUAAGCCGCUCCUCAUAGGGCUUGUUCUCCAGACCUUUAAUCAUUUUAGUCGCCCUCCUCUGGACGCUUUCCAGCUUGUCAACAUCUCCCUUCAACUGUGGUGCCCAGAAUUGGACACAGUAUUCCAGGUGUGGUCUGACCAAGGCAGAAUAGAGGGGGAGCAUAACUUCCCUGGAUCUAGACGCUAUUCCCCUAUUGAUGCAGGCCAAAAUCCCAUUGGCUUUUUUAGCUGCCGCAUCACAUUGUUGGCUCAUGUUUAACUUGUUGUCCACAAGGACUCCAAGGUCUUUUUCGCACACACUGCUGUCAAGCCAGGCGUCCCCCAUUCUGUAUCUUUGAUUUCCAUUUUUUCUGCCGAAGUGAAGUAUCUUGCAUUUGUCCCUGUUGAACUUCAUUUUGUUAGUUUUGGCCCAUCUCUCUAGUCUGUCAAGAUCGUUUUGAAUUCUGCUCCUGUCUUCUGGAGUGUUAGCUAUCCCUCCCAGUUUUGUGUCGUCUGCAAACUUGAUGAUCGUGCCUUCUAACCCUUCGUCUAAGUCGUUAAUAAAGAUGUUGAACAGAACCGGGCCCAGGACGGAGCCCUGCGGCACUCCACUUAGACAGACUUUGCCAGGUGUGUAUAUACAAAGUAUUGUUCUGAUGUCGUCUGCGUUCCCAAAGAAUAAAGCUCAUUUCCCGUUUCCCCUGCCCUCCCAUUCCUACAUCCUGAGUAUAUCUGCAGCCUGGCGGAGCUGUGAGUAAUAUCCCUGGCAGGAACCUCUGUUGCUGGGCUCUGCUUUACCCAGUCCUGAGCUCUGGAUCUGCUGGCUGCCGCUGAAGACAUGGGCAUGUCUGUGAAGGAGGAGGAGGAUCCCGCCAGCCCCAAAGAUGGAGAAUGGCCUGAAGCAGCAAAGGCUGAACAAUUAGCAAGAGGAGCUGCCUUAAAAUGGGCCUCUGGAGUGUUUUGCAGAGCAGGCAAAUUGGAGGGUCUUGCACAGUAUUGGGUCCGGGAGACACAGCGCAACAGUUCCAUCCAAUCCCGCAUAAAGUCAACUCUCCAGUCUUACUUGGAUGGAGUGAGCAUGGGCUUGGAGCAGUUACGUUCAGCCAUCACAGACCUCCAGCGUGUACAGAAAGAGCUGGGAAGCAUACAACAAGACUUGGCGUCCAAUGCCAUCUCUUUUCAGAAUCUGCAAAGGAUCCAGGAAGUGAUGGUGGAACAUGCGCAGCUGGGUUCAGUUGUCCAGAGAUUGCCCAAGCUUUUCUCAGUACCUCAGCUCUUUUCUGAGUCCCUCGAUCUUCUCCGGAGUGACCAUCUGCUGGAGGCCCAUGCCAGGCUCAUGGAGCUGGAGAGCUUACAGAGCGACAUCCUCUUCCAGCUGCGCAAUCGCAACCUGCUCAGCCCUGAACACCUGGCCAGUGUGCAGUCCUACUUUGGGGGUCUGUUGGAACUGAAUGAUGCCCUGGCCCAGCAUUUGUGGCAUAUUGUGGGUCACGGCACAAAGUUGGUAUCUGAAGACCCUGCUCUCUUUGUAUCUGCUCUGAGGAUUAUUGAACGCGAAGAGGGCAUUGAUGCUGCCCUGCUCCAAAGAGCCCGGCCUCCCGAUUUCCUUCCACCUGGGCGCCCAAAGUGCUGGAGACAGAAGUUCUUCCAGGUGAUUCAGGACUCGAUUGUGGCUGCACACUUCAAGGCCGUGCCAGGCAGCAUCCAAGAUCAUCAUCUCACUAGGGAGUACUUGGCUUCCUUGCAGAGCAGUAUCCGAACAGAGCUGCACAUCGUGAAGGAUCUGAUGGUCCAGUGCUGCCCUCCUCACUAUAACAUCUUCAUGACCUUUGCUACUAUGUAUCACCAAAGCCUUGCCAACCACCUUCAUCACCUCCUCACUUGGGAUCUGGACAAGCAGGAGAUCUUUGCUCUUCUCCACUGGACUCUCCAUGUGUACCCGAGCUCAGAAAUGAUGGCUCACCCAGAUCUUCUCCCUGAAGUGGACACAUCAGCAUUAGGCCCUUUACUUCCAUUGGAUAAAAUAGAAUAUCUGGAGGAUACGUACCUGGAGAAAGUACAGGCUAGUAUUUCUGAAUGGAUGCAGAAAACCCUGGCGCUGGAGUUUAAAGAGUGGUUCAGCAAAGAGGAACCAGAAUCUGACUAUCAAGGCUGCUUCCAGACCAGUCUGCCAAAUAUUAUCAUGAAGGUCAGAACAUGCCUGAUGUUGGAUGAAAACAUCCAGAUAGCAUCCCUUAUCUCUGAUACUCUCCGGGAGAAGAUGUGCAACAUGACUCUGGGAGAACUGGAGACCUUUUUGGGCAGCCUGUAUGAGGACCUGGUGGAAUUUGCCACAGAACACCAACAAGAGCCCAAGGCAUCCAAAUGCUAUACUCAGUACUUGCUGUCAGCCCUCAACAACUGUCUGGCUCUCAGCGCCUCCCUCUCAGCCCUGUAUUCAGGAUCUUCCCUAGAGCCUCCCAAGGUGCCACCAUCCCUGGACCUGGCUCUGGAAAAAGUACAAAAGAAGGCUUGCCGGUUGCUACUGAAGGAGAUGCUGGAGGAACUCAAGCCUCUGUUCAAACAGCUACCAUCCCAUCAGUGGUUGUCUGACGAAUCCCAACUGAUGAGCAGCAUAUGUGCCGUGAUAGAGAAACACGCAAAAUACUUCUGCAGAACUCGAGAACCAACAAGCACACACCUUCUGUCAGAGACAGAGCAUCUGAUCCGGAGUCAGUACCUCAGGGCCCUCUUGCAGAAGCGGAUGGUGUGCCAGCGCAUGGAAGAGAGGAGGCAGAUGGCCAGCCGGAUGUUGCAGGAUGCCUCCCAGUUCAAGGAGCUCUUCUGCAACUUGGGCCUGGAGGAGGACAAACAGACCUUCAAAGUGAUUGCUGACCUUCAAGAGCUCAUCAGUCUCAAAGACCACAGCAUCCUUAUUUUGGAAGUGCUGGGAUUUGUAACAAAAUAUCCUGAUGUCAGCGAUGACCACAUUUCCAUGCUCCUAGAUUUGCGUGGAGACAUCUCCAAAGAAAUCCAUAAAAAUGUCCUGGAGGUCAUGGCACAAAAUCCUCAAGUCCUGCCUGAGAACUACGAGCCCAUUUUUAGCAACAUUUUGGUUCCUGCUCCAGAGCCACCCUUCUGUCUUGGCAAAUCCAAAUGUGCCUGAUGUCACCUACAAUGCUGCUCUCAGAUUGUCUUUUCAUCUUAACCUCUGAGGAUCACAGCUCUUGACAAGGUGGAAGUGGGAGUCUGAAUUUGAAUUUGGGGGACUAGAAAACAGCUUAACAUUGUCCAUGCCUGGGGGUUGGAGGGGGUUCGUUUAUCAGAUGAUCGUUCUCUGUGAUUUGUGCGUUUACAAUGCUACAUAUUUUAUCAAUAUUCUAUGAAAGGUUGGCAAUGUCAUUGAUCUAAUGCAUACACAAAUGUGUUUUCCCUCCACGCAAGUUUCUUUGAUACCAACAGAGUUAAGAGAAAAGAAAAUCAUGUUUCUUUGUUUUUAAUUUAUCUGAAUCAUUACAAGUGCUAACUGGAUUCAGGCCUCCUUCACAAUUCUCCUAAAUCUGAUGCAGUGAUUCUCAACCUGUGGGUCCACAGAUGUUUUAUAAAUAAUAAUAAUAAUAAUAAUAAUAAUAAUAAUAAUAAUAAUAAUAAUAAUAAUAGGCUAUAUCUGCCUAGAAGAUCAGGAGGUAGAGAACUCUUACAAGUAAAACAAGCAGUCAAAGAAUAAGAACAUGCCCUGGCAGAAUAUGUAAAGCAAAGUGAAGAACCUGCUUUGAUUGAAGUCAAAAAUCAGAAACUUCUCAAAGCACAGCAGACAAAAAACCUGUACAAGAAAACCGCACUACAAACUAGAGCUGACAGCUGGCACAACAAAACAUUGCAUGGAAAGUUCUUUGACAAAAUUGAGGGAAAAGCUGAUAAGGAGAAGACCUGGCUCUGGCUCACAAAUGGGACCCUGAAGAAGGAGACAGAAGGCCUGAUCCUUGCAGCCCAGGAGCAAGCCAUCAGAACAAAGGCAAUUAAGGCCAAGAUUGAAAAAUCAGCUUAUGACCCAAAAUGCAGACUGUGCAAGGAAACUGACGGAACCAUUGAUCAUAUCCUCAGCUGCUGUAAGAAAAUCGCACAGACAGACUACAAACAGAGGCACAACUAUGUGGCCCAAAUGAUUCAUUGGAACUUAUGCCUCAAAUACCAGCUCCCAGCAGUAAAGAACUGGUGGGAUCACAAACCAGCAAAAGUAUUGGAAAAUGAGCACGCAAAGAUACUGUGGGACUUCCGAAUCCAGACUGACAAAGUUCUGGAACACAACACACCAGACAUCACAGUUGUGGAAAAGAAAAAGGUUUGGAUCAUUGAUGUCGCCAUCCCAGGUGACAGUUGCAUUGACGAAAAACAAUACGAAAAACUCAGCCGCUAUCAGGACCUCAAGAUUGAACUUCAAAGACUCUGGCAGAAACCAGUGCAGGUGGUCCCGGUGGUGAUGGGCACACUGGGUGCCGUGCCAAAAGAUCUCAGCCGGCAUUUGGAAACAAUAGACAUUGACAAAAUUACGAUCUGCCAACUGCAAAAGGCCACCCUGCUGGGAUCUGCGCGCAUCAUCCGAAAAUACAUCACACAGUCCUAGACACUUGGGAAGUGUUCGACUUGUGAUUUUGUGAUAUGAAAUCCAGCAUAUCUAUCUUGUUUGCUGUGUCAUAAUAAAAUAAUAAUAAUAACAAAA